UGUGAACGUAUAAGUAAUGAAAUUAUUGCACUGCGAGAGGAGUGGUCUCAACUAGAGAUUGAAAAUGCUGAACUGCAAGAUGAGCUAUGCAGUUUGAGGGCCACCCUUGAAAGUUUAGAAUUAAAUGAUGCAGCAAGCCUCCAAGCAGAGGAGAAUGAAGAGCUUUCAAGAACCCCGGUAUAUGGACCUGUGCACAAUGAUGGAGAAGGACUCAGAUGGACAUCAAAAUGGAGAGUUUUCAGGUUAUAAUGCUUCAAGUACAAGUCACUGCGAAGAGGAUACGGUACUGAAACUAAGAGAGAAGCUUGAAAGUAUGGAAACAAAACUACAACAAGAAUUAAUCCGCUGCCAAUGCAAGGAAGAUGAAAAUAAUCUUUUGGAGCAGAAAAUAGCAGAAAGGAAAGCAGCCCGGGAGAACCGUGAAGCGGAAGAGGGUAGAAUAAAGCAGCUUGAAGAGAAAAUACUCAGCCUCAAAGCCGAUAUGGACAAGAACAUGGUAGAGCGAAGUGAGGUAGAAAAUCAUAAGAAAGCCAUUGAAGAGCAAGCUAGGAGUCAAGUCAUGGAAAAAAUAAACCAAGAGAACCAAGUCUUACGGGAACUAGCUGCCUCUGAGCAACAGAAAGAUCAGGAAAGACAGGAUUACAUCAUGUCACUGGAUCAUAGAUAUAAGGAAAUUGAACUUGAGAUUGUGGAAACAAAAUCUCGUGCAAUUUCUGUGAAAGCACAACGGAGAACAUUUGAAGAAAAAUAUAGAGCAGAAUUGCAACUUGGAGAACGAUUGAAAUAUGAACUUGAAAAUAUUUACCGCAGUAUUGUGGAGUUACAGAACACCAAGUCCAGGCUUGCCUCUGAGAGAAGGAUGAACAGGCUGUCACACAUCCACACUCACCACAGAUCUGUCUCAGAGGGAACCAGUGACAGCAGUCUUCAGAAUAUCUUUGGGUUCAACAGCAUAGGGGCCACGAUUUAAGUCCACAUUCAAGAAGGAGAGCUUGGUGGAAUAGCUUAAUAAGGCAGGGCAAUGGUCUAAGCAUUUCCAAGGCAUAAAGUUGGUCCACUCAAACAACCCUUGAAUGAAUGUGAAAUUGUUAAAUAUGUCACAAUACAGACAAUUCUCACCAGUCAUUACUGUAAAAUUCAGGUAAUGUAUCCUUUUAUAGGAGCAUGAUGAAUUCUGAUAUAAGCAAAGAUGGGAUCCAAGCUAUUUUGAAGGGAUAAUUCUCUUAAUAUUUUCAAGGACAAAGGAGGUCUGUGGCACUUGCAGUUUUCUUGGAUUAGUUAGAUCACGCUGGACUUCAUAAGGAAGAUUGAAAAUGUCCUUCUGUCCAUGUGCAAGACACAACUCCAUAAUGUGACCUCUGCUGCAUGGCCUGCAUAAGAUACUGAGCUGUUGUUCAUCAAAAUCUUAGGGUUAAGCAAGAACGCAAUAACACAGGUCCUAAAAUUCUGUGGAUGUGGCUGUUUCAGCUAGCAAUGCAAAUAUUAUAGUAACGUACAGCAUCUAGCUGUCUAAAUUUAUAGCAAAUGAUGCAAAGGUCAGAUAAGAUAUGGUAUACCUGGAACUAGUACUGAGUUUAUUAUCUCUGGCCAUUAGUGUGUCUCUUUGAAUGUUUUUAUGGUCAAUGUCUCUUUGAAUUUUGUCUAAAUCUAAGGAGAAAUUUUUAUCAAAGUUUAGAGCUCUACGUCCAGAUUUCCUUUUCACCUUUAUUAAGUGAGCUUUCCCAGACCAUUAAAUCUCAUGGCUUUGGUUACUGACAUGGAGGAUAGAGUCUUAGUGUCUGUGCUGUGAUCAUUGGCUAUAACACUCAUGUUCACUUGCAAAUUUCAAAUUCUGGAUUACACACUCAAUUCUAUGUCGCAAAGCUUAUUCUUUAUUUGUUAUUUUUAGAGUUUGUAGAUAAAUAAUAAAAUUAUCCUUAGCUAGUUUAUAAAUUUUAUGGCUAAUAUUGUAAGUUAUAUUUAUAUUUACCAUGUAGAAUUCUUUUUAAUAACUAGAGUUAUUUUUUCCUUUUUUUCUGGAAUGAAAUAUGUGGAUUCCUGCAAAAUUUAAACAAGCUCCACUCCUGAGUUACCCUACCUUCUCUGAGAUCAAGUCUUAAAAAUGUUCUACAGUUUCAUCAAAGGUUUGCACUGUCACAGUUUUCAGACAUAUCAAAAGAGAGCAUCGGAUCUCCAUUUCAGGUGGUGGUGAGCCAGUCCCUGGUUUCUGGCAACUGAACUCAGGACCUCUGGAAGAAGACAUGAAGAACAUUUCUAAAAUGAGACAAAAGAACUCAAAUGAACAAGAACAUGGAAAGUUUACUUGUCCUGAAGAUUUAAAUGCUAAUCAAUCUGAAACUGAUGAAAUUACUACACUAAAACAAAAGUGCUAACAAGAGGAAAGUGAAGCUGCAGAGAGCUUUCAGAAAGACAGAAAGACCAACCUAGCUCUCCAAGCAAGCCCCAAAAUACCAACAACUGCUCCAGUUUGCCUGUAGGUGGAUGAAGAAGUUUUAAGAAGAAAUCCAUAUAUUUAAAUGGUAAUGGACAUAAUCAUCAUUAUGUCAAGUACUAGAAAUAGCUCACUUUUUACCAGAUUUAGUUCCAUCUGGGGUCAAGGAGUCCUUUUCUGUGGCUUCCAGUUUAUUUUUCUCACCAGCUCCUUGUCAUGUAUAGUGGUUUUGAUAUACUCAGUCCAAGGAGUGGCACUAUUAGGACCUUUGGCCCUAUGGUGUGGUAUUGCUGGAGGAAGUGUGUCACUGUAGGCAUGGGCUUUGAGACCCUCAUCCCAGCUACCUAAGGAACCAGUCUUCUCCUAGAGACCUUCAGAUGAACAUGUAGAGCUCUCAGUUCCUCCAUGCCUGCCUGGAUGCUGCCAUGUUUGAUCCUUAAUGAUAAUGGAUUGAACCUCUGAAGUUGUAAACAAACUCCAAUUAAAUGUUGCCCUUAUAAGAGUUGCUUGGGUCAUGGUGUCUGUUCACAGCAGUAAAACCCUAACUAAGAUAGCCUGCUUCCUGGUCUAGUUCAGGAACUUCUUGCCACCUUUGCUACACAACCUAGCACCUGCAAACCCUUCCCUAGACCUAGAUACUGAGCCCUACAUUCUUUUGUG